CGGCAACAAACCCUGACCACGAGUGGUACUGUACUUUCCGGGUCCGUAUUCCGCACUCGCCAUCGAUCGCAAUAAAACCUUGCUGGUGUAUAGGCGGGCCACACAAUGCACUUACCCGCGGCGUCUCCCUGACCAACCUCGUGCACAUAUGCAACCGGUGGAGCGCCACCUGAGUGGAUUGUAGCAGCAUCCAUCUUUGCAGCUGCUCGCCAUGUCUUGCCGUACGGACGGCCCGGCCAUGGCGGCAGCGGCACUGCCGCUCAAGCUCCACUUCGUGCUGGUGCCGCUCCUCGCGCAGGGCCACGUCAUCCCCAUGAUGGACAUGGCGCGCCUCAUCGCCGGCCGCUGCGGCGCGCGCGUCACCGUCGUCCUGACCCCCGUCCACGCCGCGCGCAGCAGGGCCGUCCUAGAGCACGCCGGCCGCGCCGGGCUCGCCGUCGACUUCGCCGAGCUCGAGUUUCCGGGGCCCGCGCUGGGCCUGCCCGAGGGGUGCGAGAGCCACGACAUGAUCAGGGACUACACGCAUUUCAGGCUCUUCUGCGACGCCAUGUCCCUGCUCGCCGAGCCGCUCGAGGCGUACCUCCGCGCGCUGCCGCGGCGGCCUGACUGCAUCGUCGCCGACUCGUGCAGCCCGUACCCGGCGGACGUCGCGCGGCGGCUCGGCGUCCCGCGGCUGGUGUUCCACGGCCCGUCGGCAUUCUUCGUCCUCGCGGUGCAUAACCUGGCCAAGAACGGCGUGUACGACCGCGUCGCCGACGACUUCGAGCCGUUCGAGGUGCCGGACUUCCCGGUACGGGCCGUGCUGAAUCGGGCAACGUCGCCCGGGUUCUUCCAGUCGCCGGGGCUAGAGAGGCACCGGCGCGACAUUCUCGACGCCGAGGCCACCGCCGACGGCCUGGUCCUCAACACGUGCGCGGCUUUCGAGGGCGCGUUCGUCCAGCGGUACGCCGAGGCGCUCGGCCUCAAGGUCUGGGCAAUCGGGCCACUCUGCCUCCUCGACUCCGACGCCGAAACCACGGCGGUGAGAGGUAAUCCCGCCGCCGUGGACGCCAGCCUCGUCGCGUCAUGGCUGGACGCGAGGCCGCCCCAGUCCGUGCUCUACGUAAGCUUCGGCAGCGUCGUGCACUUGUUCCCGCCGCAGGUUGCCGAGCUCGCUGCCGGACUGGAGGCAUCAAACCGGCCGUUCAUCUGGGUGGCCAAGGAGACCGACGGCCUCGACUCCGGUUUCGACGCGCGGGUGGAAGGGCGGGGCCUCGUCAUCCGCGGCUGGGCGCCGCAGAUGGCCAUUCUGUCCCACCCUUCCGUCGGCGGCUUCCUGACACACUGCGGGUGGAACUCGACGCUGGAGUCCCUCUCCCACGGCGUGCCGCUUCUGACUUGGCCGCAGUUCGCCGACCAGUUCCUUACCGAGAUGCUAGUCGUCGACGUGCUCGGCGCCGGCGUCCGGACCGGCAUCAAGGUACCAUUCACGCACGUGGUCAGCAAUCCCGAGAUGUCGAAAGUGCAGAUCGGGAGGGAAGCCCUGGAGAGAGCGGUGGUUGCGUUGAUGGACGAGGGGGCGGCGAUGCGGGUGAGGGCGAAGGAGCUCGCCGUGAUGGCGAGGGAGGCAAUGGCGGAAGGUGGGUCCUCGGACAGCGACCUGGCGAGCUUGGUUCGCCAUGUCGCGGAGCUCGUACAGCAAGAAAAAGACGUCGUGGAGGUUCAUGACGCACCUGACCUCAGGGAGCAGGAACAAAAAGCUGUAUGAUCGAUCAGGAUAACACAGUUGGGAUCGAUCAGAAUGCAUUUUCGACGCAGUUUUCUUCAUCAUAUAGUCAUAAACAGGUGGUUCGCACUUCGCAGCAGAUUAUGAAAUUCUAUCAGACUGCCACCUGAUAAAGAUCGGAUCUGGAGGAGCAGAUGUCAACGCCCUGUCAUCAAGCAUAUGUUAGUCAACUUUUUUCCGAAAAAAAACAGCAUCGUCGAGCAGACGUGUCAUUUGUAUGGGCCUGUAGCAUGUUAGACCACCUUGUUGGGCUCGACAUCUAUUUUCGAAAGCUAUGCUGCAACCGCCUCGAUUUUCAUUA